GUGAAAAUGUUCAGAAAGCUAUUGUUGACAUGGAAGAAAUGGUAGCAGCACCAAUUCAGGAUGGACAACAACCAAAAUCUCCUACAGAAGUUGUUUCUAAUGUGCUACCAGGCUCCAGUGUGUUCCUACGCAAUGUUGGUCUUAAGUCUGCAUCCCAGAAAAGCUCCACAACGACUGUUUCUGCAAAGGUUCAACAACUUCAGGAUGAACUCGAGACCGAGAAGCAAGAAAAAGAUGGCCUUCGGGAAGAAGUGGAAACCUUGAAGGCUCAAGCACAAGCAUCUCAGGAGACCAUUGAUAGUAUGAAGAGGUCGAUGGAAGAAAAUAACAACCUCCUUCGUCAACUAUUAAGCUUCAAUCGAGGCCAAGUGCCUCCAUCAUAAGUCUGGUUGACCACUAUAGGACAUGCAGCCUUAUGGCUGUUAUAGUGGCUAGUUACAGUAGCUCUAGAUUUGAAGUUAUAAGAUCAUUUUUCAAUUCUGCUUAAUGUUUAAUACUUUGAGUUGAAGUUAUUGGAUUUGUUUUGGAUUUUAAGUUAAAGGAUUUGCAGAUAUAUGUUUUAAAGUUAUAUUAUUCUCUUCUAGAUGAAAUAUUUGUGUUGAACAAAUUCAUAUGAUAUUUUGGUUCUGAUGUGUAAUAUUCUAUGACGAUAUGAAUGCAUAUGAUGUAUUCCUUGCGAUGA